CUUGGGCCACAAUUAUUCCCUAGUGACCUACAGGAAUUGGGCUUACAUUCUCCCACUUGGUCCAUGUGUCAUUAUAUAUCACAAGAUCUAAUAAUAAACAUAAGUGUGCACAUCAUAAGAUAAAGGGUUAAUACCCUAGUUUGGCCCGAAGUUUAGCGUUAGUGACCGUUCUGGCCUCAUUUUUCAAAUAAGACAUUUAUGGCAUACUUUUGAAAUUAUUGGACAAAUUUGGCCUAUAAUUUAAAUUGACCGUCAAAAUUGACGGUCAACUAUUAUCUCCGUUAGUAACUCAACAUACUGUGCUGACUGGAUGUGUACACAUCAUUAUUUUUACCAAAACAAGUCAUUAUUAUUUAAAAUAAAAUAAAAAGCAAAAAAAAAAAAAAAAGAGAGAGAGAAGGGGCACGGACCACUCUUCCCCUUCCUCAUCUUCUUUCUCCAUCAUCCUCCCCAAAUACACAUAACCCUAAAUAAUUAGAGACCCACCACCAGCCCCUCCCCAGCCAAAUCGCCGCUAACAAUACCCAGUGCCGCCGCCCGCCGUCUUCUUCUCCCCUCGCCAAAUCGAUGCCCUAAACAAAUGAACCCAGCGCCGUCGUGCUCUUUCCAAACCCGCCGCCGCCGUGCUCUUGCCAAACCCGCCGCCGCCGAUUCGAGACAAUCCCCAACGUUGACGCCACCCAGGACGCGUCGGUGCUGUCCAAGCUAGCUCGCCUCUGUCGCCAUAAUCUCUGGUUGUUUCUUCUUCCCUUGGAUCACCUUGCCGCCUAAUGGUUCGACAACGAGAUCGGCAGAUCUGGGACAGGGAGAUCCGACAAUCCAUCCCCUUCCCUCUCUUCUUUCUCUCCAUCAUCGAACCAAACACGCGCGUUGCACCGUCAGCGCUCCCAUUGCCUCCGCGGAAGAGGAACCGUCUUGAGCCCGAGGAGGAGAGAAAUAAGGACAGACAGAGAGCAUCGGCUUGUGAUCUUGUGGACGGGAUCUCGAGUGAGCAGCAACAGAAGCGGACGGACAAAAAAAAGGUCAGGGAAGAUGGAAUGGAGGUAGCUAGAGAUGGAAAUGGUGGCGAGAUGGGUAGGGAGGAUGGGUGAAGAUUUUAGGAAAUCCAUUGGGUGGGGAGGGUAGUGAAUUGGGUCGUGAGGGGAGGGAGUUAGGGUGAAGAUUGGAUUUUGGUUUUUUUGUUUUAUUUUGUUUUAAGAUUUUUUCAACCUAAAAAAAUGAUGUGGCAGUUAUCUCGGAUCCACCUCAGCAUUUUGAUGCUCAGUCACUGACGGAAAAAUAGUUGACCGUUAAUUUUGACGGUCAAUUUAAAUCAUAGGCCAAAUUUGUCUAAUAAUUUCAAAAGUAGGCCAUAAAUGUCAUAUUUGAAAAAUGGGGCCAGAACGGUCACUAACGCUAAACUUCGGGCCAAACUAGAGUAUUAACCCUAAGAUAAAUCCAUAAUAUUUGGUUUACCAUAAAGUCAUAAUAAAGUAUGAAAGCUAGA